UUAGGGGGUGGGGCCGCGCCUGCGCAGGCCGCCCCUCAUGGCGGCUGCCUGGGCACAGUGGUGAGUGGAUCGGGUGGAACUUCAGGCUGCGGCCAGCCGCAGGUGCUGCUGCCCCGUGGUUAAUGUGGCGCCUGGGCCAUGGUCGCCGGCUCCCACCCCCACCAUGGACAAGAUCACCUUCAAAAGCGACACCGUGCUGUCAGACGUCCACCUCUACACCCCGAACCAGAGACACCUCAUGGUGCGGCUGAACGGCAUGGGGCAGCCCGUUUUCCUGUCCCAGUUUAAGCUUCUUUGGAACCAAGACUGCGAUGCAGACUCAGGGGCCGAAGGUGGUGAUCACAGAGCUGAUCCAGCGGAGGUGACUUCUCCCACCGGGUCGCCUCCGGGAAGUGGCUGCAGCAGUGAGGGCGCGGACGCCACCUGCCAGGAGGGGGCGGGAGCUCAACUGGACGAGGAUGGGGAUUUGGACGUAGUGCGGAGACCUCAGGCCGCCUCUGCCUCUGAGCCCUCGGGGCCUCCGAGAGACAAGGUACAUCCCAUGAUUCUAAGCCAGGAGGAGGACGACGUCCUGGGAGACGAGGCGAGAGAGAGCAGCGCCUGUGAUGUCAUCAAAAUAGAGCACACCAUGGCCACCCCACUGGAGGAUGUUGGCAAGCAGGUGUGGCGGGGCGCCCUGCUCCUGGCGGACUACAUCCUGUUCCGGCGGGACCUCUUCCAGGGGCGCACCGUGCUGGAGCUGGGGGCAGGCACGGGCCUCACCAGCAUCAUCGCGGCCACCGUGGCGCGGACUGUUUAUUGUACAGACGUCGGUGCCGAUCUCUUGGCCAUGUGCCAGCGAAACAUUGCCCUCAACAGCCACCUGACUGCCACUGGAGGCGGUGUGGUUAAGGUCAAGGAACUGGACUGGCUGAAAGACGACCUCUGCACUGAUCCCGAGGUCCCCUUCAGCUGGUCGGAAGAGGACGUCUCCGACCUGUACGGCCACACCACCGUUCUGCUCGCGGCCGAAGUGUUUUACGAUGACGACUUAACAGACGCUGUGUUUAAAACCCUCUCCCGGCUGGCUCACAGGCUGAAGAAUGCCUGCAUGGCCGUCCUCUCCGUGGAGAAGAGGCUCAACUUCACGCUGCGGCACCUGGACGUCACGUGCGAGGCCUACGACCACUUCCGCUCCUGCCUGCGGAGGCUGGAGAAGCUGGCUGACGGUCGCCUGCGCUUCUCGGUGGAGCCGGUGGACGCCUCCUUCCCGCAGCACCUGGUCUACGAGCGCAUCCAGCAGCUGGAGCUCUGGAAGGUCUUUGUGGAACCGGUAACGGGACCCGUCGCAUCUGCAAGUAUGGCUUUUUGACUGUUCUUGGAUGUUUCUAAUAAAAUCGAAAGCUCACAAA